AUGACCGGCCAUUUUUUUGAGGGCGCUGAGAAACUAUUGGAACUUUGGUUUACGUCAAGUACGACUGAUUCAAAUAAUCCAACGCCACAAAAUGACUUGCGAAAUAUUCCUCGGGAUCUUAUGGAAGAAGUCCUGGAUUUGGUCAACUGCAAAGUGCUUCGAUACGCUCAAUCAGAUACAACGGAUACAUAUGUAUUGAGCGAAUCAAGCAUGUUUGUUUUUCGUACACAUUUGGUGUUGAAAACAUGUGGAGAAACAACGUUACUCCACGCUAUUCAACCAUUGUUAGGGCUUGCUCGCGAUUAUUGUGGAUUCGAUGUAGUUGAUCAAGUUUAUUAUAGUCGCCGAAAAUUUCUUCGUCCUGAAUUACAAAAAGCACCACACACGAGUUUCGAUCAUGAAGUCGCUUAUCUCGAUUCGUGCUUUGAAGGCGGCAGUGCUUAUGUUCUCGGUCGCACAAACGUCGAUUGUUGGUAUUUAUACACGCUUGACAAGUCAUGCGUUGGCACGAAAUCAACUCAGACAUUGGAGGUGAUCAUGACCGAUCCUGAUCCGAACAUAAUGAAAAUUUUCUACCAAGAAAAUACAAGCUCAGCGACUGAAGCGACACAAAAAGCUGGCAUUGACAAAAUCUUUCCGAAUGCGAAGAUCUUUGAUUAUCUAUUCGAUCCAUGUGGGUAUUCAAUGAAUGGUCUUUUGCCUGAUGGUUAUUACUUUACCAUUCAUAUCACACCGGAACCAGAUUUUUCGUAUGUCAGCUUCGAAACUAAUGUACCGUACCACCAGUACAAUGAAAUCAUUGAUAAAGUGGUUAAGAUAUUCAAUCCAGGCAAGUUCACAACAACAAUCUUUGGUGGAAAGCCAAGUCCCGGUAAAUGA